AUUAAUAAACCUUCUUUGCUGUGCUAUUUUACAGGGGUAGAGCUAACUGGAACAGGCUCCUGUGAAAUCACAAGACUCAUGAGCAAAAUCAGCUUUGAAUACGUGGACUCUCACUACAGCCCAGAAAUCUUCUUUUAUGGGAAGGUGAAGAUGGUGGAUGGAUCAAACGCUCCUUUGGUCAAUGAAGCAAUCAAGCUUUAUGUGACUGGGGACAAGAAUGAUCGCAACUACACAACAGAUGAGCAAGGAAAUGUUUGGUUUUCCGUAGAUACUACAAACUUCACAACUGCCUCCAUUAAUAUCCAGGCAAUACAUAAAUCUAUACAACACUGCUAUGACAGGAACUAGGUCGUUCCUGAAUAUGGUACAGCCACUCACACUGGAACUUGGUUUUAUUCCCCAAGUAAGAGUUUCCUUAAAAUUGAGCCGCAGCCCGAGAGAUAACCCUGUGACUCUGACUUGGAGGUGCAUGUGCACUACAUCCUGACACCAGAGGCUGUGGGAGAGGAGAAGGAAAUAACCUUUUACUACUUGGUAAGCCUGCAUAUGU